AUGGAGAAAGCUAAAAUUCCCAAGCUGAGCCAACGAACGAAUGCACCUUUGACACACGAAAACGGGCCACCUGCUAAUCUUCAAGUCUCCCUACCUCCAACAAUGUAUCCAGGACAACAAAUGACUCAUCCUGGGAUGUCGAGAAACUUUUCUACUUGUUAUAAUCCGAGACCACAUCCAACUAUUCCUUCAUAUCCACCACCACCGAAUCAUUUAUUGGUAACUCAACCUGCACUUAGUUUCGAACAAGCUUUGAUAAAAUCCAUGGAUGUGAUCAGUGCUCAGGCAACCUACUUCGCUCCAUUGGCUCAAUCUGCAAUGACAAUGAGCUCUGCUCUAAUAAAACUGCAAGAGGAAAACAUAGCGGAGCGAAAAAGAAAGGAAGAUGAGCACAAAAAAGAGCGAAUGAGAGCCGAAGAGAAACACUCGGAGACUCUUUCCAUGUUUCUUGAUAAAAUCGCAAUGAUGUUCGAUUCUGCUGCUCGAAAAGUGGACGUAUCUCUUCCGGAUCCCAUUUCUGUUAAUACUGGCCCUUCCACAUCUGAUUGUUCCAAUGCGUCAGAGAUUUUGAAUCCCCAAGAAGUUCAAUCUGGACCUCCAUCUAUGCAAACCAGAUCCAAAAAACUGACGAUCGAAAAGUCUCAAGUUAUCAAAAGGGCUUCUAGCUCUAUGGGUCAACCUGUUAUGAAUCCGAAGGAGUCUGAUGAGAACCACGUGGCAAUCAAGCGCCCAAGAAAACAUGUUUACAUUGAUCAGACGCUUGUCGAAAAGGGUCACUCAUACGAUAAAACUCUCAACAAAUUCAGCAACUAUAAAUGUGAUAACUGUGAAACAUCAUUCAAUUCUGAGAAGAAGCUCAUCUAUCACUUUCAUACUUUCCAUGAUGAGUGUCUUCCAGAGCAUCAAGAAAAUCAACGUAAAAAGUCGAAAUCUAAGAAAUAA